AUGGUCGCUGGAGCGUACAAGACAAGCCCUGUAGGGCAAAAAUCCUACAAAAAUGGCUUUUCUGCCAAAAAGAACGGGUUUGCAGCGCACGAAAAGGAAAAACUAAAGGAAUUCAAAGAUUCUUUUGUGGAGGAAUUUGAAGAUACUCCGUUCCAAGUAGCAGUGUUGACCUAUCUGUCGUACUUCUUCUUGAUCCUCUUCGGUUACCUGCGUGACUUUCUUCGAAAAUACGGGCUUGAGAAAUCAAAAGCGCCCAAGGAACACGGAAAUAAGGUACGUUACGGGUUUUUUGGUUCUUUUUUUAAAAUCGAAUUUCCAGAUGAAGUGAAAUUCUGCAAGAUCGCACGAGUUGUUUGCAGUCAGCUGUCCGCUAGCGUAAAAUUGAUGUGAUACGACUCGAUCGAUUGUAGGCGUCAACCAAAAGCUAUUGUUAAAGGUUGAAGCUUUCUUUACUAUACUUGAACUAAAGACCUUUAUAUUGAGAGUGUACACCGGACAAAUUUGUUUGUGUAAUUGGGGUUUGCGUUAGUUUUCCACAAACACGAGGCACGCAUCACGUACACUGUACAAGCAGUUUCGUAAUGUUUUGAUGCAUUUAUGCACUGUCGGGGACGAGUGUGUACCCGAGUGUGUCGUCAUCGACAAAGAAUGCAAUGUUUCAUUUGUUAUGUGCUGUUUACUAUUUGACUUCAUUUUAAUUUUUGGCAAUGUUCGUUUUUAGCUAUCAUCUUGAAGGAUAUAUAAAAUGACGUUUUUUAUCCUUACACUAUUCAAGUGAAAAUACUCUCUGAUAUGAAUUUUUAGCAUACACUGUCACAUCUAAGUCACCCUGUGAAAUUUAUACAAUUACAUAACUCCAAUACAAGAAGUUUUAUUUAAAAAAGAGAUUGUUUUAUUUCAUAGUAGUGUAAAUCAUUAUUAUGUGUACCUUGGAUAUGGAGGAUAAGGGGAACCCUCUCAGAACUCUUUCUAGAAUACAUCAGUUUUUCAAAAAAAUAUGGACAUUCAAUGUUCAGAUACUUUUCUCUGAUAGGCAAAACUUUUGGAUACAGUGCUGAAACAUACAUGAGGUAAAGUUGAGGUUACAAAAUACUUGCAGAUACCCCGAUGAGAAAACAACACAGAUUUAAUCUUCAGGAAUUCUAUGUAAAAUAAUCAAUUAUUUUAUGUGAUGGCCUAGCUGAAGAAAGUACUGUACAGUUUUAUACAAAACUAAGCAAAUUUUGGAUACUUAUAGGGGGAUUAACUAAUUUUUAUUGUUGUUUGCGGUCUUGUUUUCCUACACCAGUACAGGGAUGCAUCCAGGAAGAAUGUGACACCAAAGACGCAAGCUUACGAUUUUCUUUUUUCGGGGGUGGGGUGGGGGGGGGGCUGUGGGGGUCACUCAGAAGAAUCCAUGCAUUUUAAUUUUUAGCCUCAUUUCCUUUUAUUGUCAACACCUUGAGAAUCUUGUAUAAUGAGGUGAAAACCCGUCUACAAUAAAUUCACACUUUAUUUAGGCAGCAGAAUUCAGAGCUUGAAGAACAUUUGAAUUUUGGCUUGAGUUUGACUCUGAUACUAGUGAAAAAUUCUUUUUAUAAAAGAACCACAGUGGAGAAGAUGCGGUUAAAAGUUCAAGCUGCCCUAAGGCAUUAACUGUGUAUUAGCCACUGGAGACUCAUUUGCAAAGAUAUUAUGUAACAUUAUUAUAAUGAUGUUAUGUAACAUUAUAUACAUUAUAAUGAUAUUAUGUAACAUGGAUUUUUUAUUAUUAUAAUUUUCAGGGCUUUGUCCCCCUGUAUGCAGAUUUUGAAAGCUUCUACACCAGAAAUCUGUACACUAGAAUACGAGACUGUUGGAACAGGCCAAUUUGUAGUGUUCCAGGUGACACUAUCAAGAUUCUUGAUAGAGCUUCAGAUGAUUAUGGAUGGUCAUUCAGGUAACAGAAUUUAACUGGAUAAAAAUUUUUUUGACUUGUUGUCCUGUAGGAACAAGUCGAACUACAGCCUUGGUCAAAACAUCUCGGGACACUUGAGGAAAUUAGGUACAAAGAUGUACUUUGCUAAGUUAACUCAUAUUCUACCUCUUAAGAAUGCUUGGGGAUGUUCUCAUAAGGAGCUUUUUCUGCUGUCCCCCUCUCCCCCAAGCAGUGUUGAUUGUGUUAAAUUAAAACUUGAAACCAUGAUGUCAAUACUGCACCAGGGGAAAUGGGGGGAGGGAAGAUGCCUCAAUUUGAUGAGCUGUUGCGUUAGUGUCCCAAGAGCUUUGACCAGAGUUGUAGUAUUAAUGUCUUUUGUUAUUCUAAUCAAAGCAGUAGCUGUUUUGAUGUAGGGAUAUUGUAGUUACUUGGUUACUUGAAGAAUUUGAAUACUAAUUUUUGCCUUUUUUUCUUGUUCCAUAAGUUUGAGCUGCUGUACUGCACAGUUCCUUUAUUAUUUUGCAGCGUUUUUGUUCAAUAAAUUAAUAUUUGGGUCUGAAUUUUAUCCUUGGUUUGAUCUGAUUUACACUGUCAUUUGGUUCAGACUUUGUUUUUGUGUAUGCUUAUUUCUUUAUGAUAAUAAGUAUAAACUGAACCACAAUAUACAAUGUACAGCUGUAUUCCAAAGAAGCUGUAAAGCUGUAGACAAAAGCAUGAUGUGCUAGUCUGUAUGCAUUAAUUAUCCUGCUCUAGGGAAUAUUUUUUUCAAGUCAAAAUUAUUAUCCAGGUUAAAAUUUUUGAACCUACAGCUGUAGGUUGAUUCUCGAUUUUGUUUGUGUCGUAGUCCCAAUUCAUGAAUAAUUAUGCAUUAGUCAAUUCCACCUGCACCCAGCCAGAACAUCUUUUCAUAUUUAUAAAACUGUUCAUAACAUAUAACUUUACAGCACUCUAUUAAUUUUAAUGUCAAUAAUUUUAUAUCAAUACUAAAACCAUAAACUGGUGCAUGUCAUUGUUAGAAUCCUAGCGCGUCGUUAGAAUCCUAGCACUAUUACAAAGGAAGACGUUAAUUGAAACAAAAAAAUCGAACAUUAAAAUGCUAAAAUGGUGCUAUGCGACUGUGUGAUCAAUGAAAAAUGUUGCAGCGUUGACGGAGGACGGGGCAUUUGCCGUCUUUUUUUGUCCCCACCCCCGGUAAUUUGCCAUCCAAGGCAAAAAAAUGCCAAUGCCCGGGGGUCAACCGGGGGCAGGGGUGGGGGGUUGGGGGGUUAGGGGGGCUGGGCGCAGGUGGAAUUAACUGAUGCAUUAGGGCUAGGAGACAAAGGAAAUUAAGAUUCAACCUAGGUUAAAAAUUUCAAUGUGAAUGUAAUUUUGACCUGUAAAAUAUGCACUGGAUGGUCUAAGCUUCAGUCUAGAUCAGCUAUUGUUACUUGCUUGCCAGUGUGAUCCUGUUAGCUUCCAUGUUUUGACACUAAUAAACCUAGUCAGGUAUAGCAGGCAACUCUUUGUUGAGUUGUUCUUUUACUGGCUUUCAUGCUUUGAAAAAAGAAUGAUCAUUAUAUCACUUACAUAUGUUUGCCUCCUUUUCAAGGCAAACUGGACAAAGUACAAAGGCUCUCAACCUUGGCUCAUACAACUACCUUGGGUUUGCGGAGAAUGUUGGAUCGUGUGCAGAGGCUGCAGAGGAGGCAGUAAAACAAUAUGGCGUGGGAGGAUGUAGCCCACGACAUGAGUAUGGUAAAGACUCAUACAGUAUUCAAACUUGUACACUUUUUCAAUGAAGCUAUUAUGGUUCCUGUGAAGGUGAAAAGGUUCAGUUAUCUAUGAUAAGAAUUAAAUUUGUGGCUUGCAGAUUGUCAUAACCAGAUUAUGCAGAGCUUGACAUCAAAGGGUUGCCCACAUUCCCAGGGCGACUAAAAAUUUUGUUGGGGCAAUUUAGUCUCAGAGUCUAGUUGCCCUAUUGAUCAACUGUUAAUUUCUGGGAAUCUGGUUUCUGGGUAAUUAAUCUUCUUUAUGAUUUUGAACACUUGUGCUUUUCCAUUGAUUGGAUAGACUAGUGGCUAACAAACGAAUCGUAAACAGCUUUUCAAACGUUUUAACAACAGAAUUGACCAGUCUGAUUGCAAAAUCCACUAGCCCUGGGCUACUAGACACAGCUUUCUUUGCCAGCGCCCCACGCUGCAACCAUUUUAGUUGUCAUGGGGAGUGAAAAAAGAUAUUGAAAACUAAACUUGCAGCGAAAGUCUCCAAUUUGGCCAAGGUGUACAACGUUCCCUUUUUCAUCUAACGUUAAAUUUAGAUGAAAAUUUGCAACUCUAGAAAUAAUAUUUAUGCUCCAUAUUCAAGACAAUAGUGAACUUAAGCAAAGACGUCUUUGAGCGACGCACGUCAACUGGAAGUGUUUUUUUUUUCAUUUUUGGAUAGUGGUUUUGCCCAUAUUUUAGGACAACUCGUCUCUAUAAUAGUUAAGACACUUAAAAAUACAAAUUUGGGAGUGUCAAGGUGCUUUAAAAUUAAAAAGACCUCACUUCCGGUUGACGUGCGUCGCUCAAAAACGCCUUUGCUUAAGCUCCCUAAUAUCUGUCUUUUCACCCUGGUUGUUCCAGUGUCAACCACGGGGCAUCUAAAUUCGAUUGCGAUGUAGGCUUGAUAGUUGGGCAUCCAUUUUGAUAAGACGAGUGGGAACUGGGUCUGAUGACAACAAGAAUGGGGGUAUCAUGUUGCAACGGCUCUUUAGAUGUCAAGCAAGUUUACAAAAUAAUGAGCAUCAAGGGCUAUAAUCAAAUCACAUGGUUAAGAAUUUGUUUGACAAAUAGGUAUGAUGCGAAAACAGAUUUCCCAUGAGAAAAAGUAUUCAUUGCACGUUCUCUGGUGAAAAAUAAAGUUGGAAAAAUGUGUCUGUUCUUAAAAAUAAUCAGAGUUUCAUGCUUUCAUCCAAAGUGUACAAUACUCCAGUAUUAAUUAAAGCAAUGCUGGAAACUGUAUUAUUGUAGAUUUGACUUGUUUUAGUAGCCGCCAUUGAGAUCAGACAAAAAUUUCGUGCCAGACAGGGUACUGCAAUAAAUGGGUUUGCAUGUGUCUAAAAUAAAUAGCUGCUACACAAAAGGAAAAGUACAACCUUUCUUUUAUUUCAUCAUUCAAUGGAGUUUUCAACGAUGUGCGAGGUAGAUGACAUUUUGAGAAAUUUGAAGGCUAUUUUUGCUGCUGGAGAUCUAUUUGCUGCAGAAAAAGCUACUGAAACUUGGCAAAAUAUGAAUCAAUUAAUAUGGAAGGAAACUGUUUCAGAAAUAUACUUCAGAAGCUUACGUGAGGAUCAAUAUACUUUGAACAGCUUCAUGCAAAACACAUGAAAAAUGAAGUACUGGUAAUGAAUUUGGUCAGUGGUAUAACCCUUCGUGUAAAAUUACAUCUGGCUUUUUUUUAGUGGCGACCAAUAUUUUAUGUCAGGUGACCAUUUUAUACUUUUAGGUAGACUUUGAAAAAAAUUGAGCUUGGUGCACUGUUUGGACGCUGUUUGUUCAUGUAGUGUUUCCCCGGGUGCCUUUAAUGUAGAUGUUACAGGUCAAAUUAUGGUCUGUUUCUCUCCCCUGCAGGUACUCUGGAAAACCUGCAUGAUGAGUUAGAACAUCUUGUUGCACGGUUUAUUGGCAAACCAGCUGCUAUGACGUUUGGUAUGGGCUUUGCUACCAACUCAACUAACAUACCANAUGAAGUACUGGUAAUGAAUUUGGUCAGUGGUAUAACCCUUCGUGUAAAAUUACAUCUGGCUUUUUUUUAGUGGCGACCAAUAUUUUAUGUCAGGUGACCAUUUUAUACUUUUAGGUAGACUUUGAAAAAAAUUGAGCUUGGUGCACUGUUUGGACGCUGUUUGUUCAUGUAGUGUUUCCCCGGGUGCCUUUAAUGUAGAUGUUACAGGUCAAAUUAUGGUCUGUUUCUCUCCCCUGCAGGUACUCUGGAAAACCUGCAUGAUGAGUUAGAACAUCUUGUUGCACGGUUUAUUGGCAAACCAGCUGCUAUGACGUUUGGUAUGGGCUUUGCUACCAACUCAACUAACAUACCAACCCUGGUAGGUAAAGGAGACCUGAUAGUCAGUGAUGAGCUGAACCAUGCGUCACUUGUAUUGGGAGCUAGAUUGUCAGGAGCUAAAAUUAAGGUCUUCAAACAUAAUGGUAAGAAUUCUUCCAGUUAUCUUUCAUUAGUAGUUGGUGCCCACGGUGUAGAGAGGAGACGUCAUUACAUCACAUGUCCAUGGUAGCAAAAUUUCUGGAUCUCAACUAACCAUGGUCCUGCAAAUAUGACAGAAAAAAACAAAAAAUUGACAUCGGUGACUUUCCUGUGCAUGAUUGCACUCAGAAACAGACUGUAAGCUCUUACUUUUCUUCCAUCGUUCAACAAUGCAAAUGGCCGCCUCUGUCAAGAAAGAUUAUUGAGAUCCAGAAAGUUUGCAAUGUGGGCAACAUGAUGUCACACUUCUCCUCUCUGUUACUUCAGAUAACAUUAGAAGCAAAUGUUCUGUAACUUCAGCUGUACAUGUAGUUUUAAAUGUCAUAUGAAGACAGUCUCCUUUCAAGAAUCAUAUUAGGUAUAAAUGUACUUGUAAUUUAAACAAGUUUUAUUUUUUGUUUCUUUUAUGUUGCAUGGAAAUAUGUAUUAGCCUUUCUGCUACUCGAGAAUUUGUGAAAAUAUAGUUCAUAUAUGUCUUUAUGUGUGUUUACACAGGAUUUUUUUUGUAUAUUUCUCAGUAAGAUUUCUUACAAUUUGUUAAGUUAUAAUUAUUUUUUAACUGCCUUUAGAUAUGAAGAGUUUGGAGAAUAUUCUCCGUGAGUCAGUUGUCCAGGGGCAACCUCGCACCCACAGACCUUGGAGGAAAAUACUUAUCAUUGUUGAGGGUGUAUACAGGUGAGCUAAGAUUGGUGAAGCCAUAAAUAUGCAUUUUUGACCACACAUUUUUUGAGGACUAAAAUAUGAAAAAUCUCAAACAAGCUCUUUUGACCCUACAGUGUGCAAGCUUAGUGAUAGUAAUGGAGACAACUCGGUUGGUGAUUUUUGGAAAACACUGUCACAUUGCCAUUGAUGUAGAAAAUAAUAUUUAGCAAUUAUUAUUACAUUCGGCUUUCGUAUGAUCUGUAGAUAUCACUAAAUGUAUGUAUAAAUGUAAAACCAGAUCCAAUCACAAAUGAUAAUAUUUAUAUUUUAUUAUUCAUUCAAAAUAUUUCAAUACCAGUCUGGAAAAUUUGUAAGGGUUAACCUCCUUAAAGUAAGCGAUAAUUCUUUGUUUUCUUUUAUUUUUUUCUAGUAUGGAGGGCUCUAUUGUAAGACUCCCGGAAGUCAUUGCCCUUAAAAAGAAAUACAAAGCAUACCUUUUUCUGGAUGAGGCCCACAGCAUUGGUGCCAUGGGUCCUCGUGGAAGAGGCGUGACUGAUUACUUUGGAGUGGACCCUAAUGAUGUGGACAUCAUGAUGGGUACAUUUACCAAGAGUUUUGGUGCAGCAGGAGGGUAUAUUGCAGCAACUAAGGUGAGUUUACAUGUAAGAGUGCAGUUUAACUCUCUCUACAAUGGCCACUUGGGGGACAGAGGUAAUUGGCUGUUGUAAAGUAGUGACUUGAUGGAAAGGUAGACCAUUUUUGAGAGAAAGGGUAGGACAUUUUUAUUUUCAAAAACAUGUGACACAAUCAAAGAAUGUCAAUGAAACAGAAACCAAAUCUUCAGCUCAAAAAAUAAAAAAAAAAAUGUCAACAAAACAAAGCAUGCAAAGUAGGAUAUAAUAAUAUUGGCACAUUUGCUUUUGCAUUGUGGAUCUUGUAAUGGCCAUUGUGGAGAAGUUAUUUUGGCAGUUGGGACAGACUGAAGUGGCUGUUGCUACUGUGCAGUGGUGUUUGUUAGAGAGAGGUCAGAGAGAGGUAGAUUUAUUCUACCAAAGGCCACCUGGUCAGGGGUGAAUGCGUUAAUUAUGCGUUUCAGCUCAUGUGGAUCCACCUCCAUUGUACUGGUUUGUCAUCAGCAGUUUUAACAGUCCUUGACAACUUUGACACCUACAUGUAACUAAACCAUGCUCAAACUUGAUAUUUAGCCAAAUGUUUUAGCAUCAGAUCGAAUAGAAGUCCACAAAGUGCUUGAGUGUGCACUGUCACUCUUCAAAUUUAACAUCCUUGGCAUAAAACACUUCUAAAUGGUCUUGACAUUCUAUGAGUACCUUUUUGUAUAUAUUCUACUACAUGAAAUUCAAGUACAUAUAUAUAUUUUUAUUAGGAGUACACCUUCAAAGUUCCUGUCCUUGAUGAGAGAGGUACAUGUAGGGAGGGCUUAGAUGUUUCCCAAGGCUGCCAAGUUGCAUUUCCCAUAUUGUUGUAUGAUUAAUUAUAUUUGCACCCUUUAACUAACAAUAGGUUAACACUGGUUUCAUUUUACAGGAGAUAAUUGACCAUAUCAGAGGUUGUUCCCACAGUGCUGCAUAUGCUUCGUCCAUGUCACCACCUGUUGCCAUGCAAAUUAUUUCAUCUAUNUGUUUUAGCAUCAGAUCGAAUAGAAGUCCACAAAGUGCUUGAGUGUGCACUGUCACUCUUCAAAUUUAACAUCCUUGGCAUAAAACACUUCUAAAUGGUCUUGACAUUCUAUGAGUACCUUUUUGUAUAUAUUCUACUACAUGAAAUUCAAGUACAUAUAUAUAUUUUUAUUAGGAGUACACCUUCAAAGUUCCUGUCCUUGAUGAGAGAGGUACAUGUAGGGAGGGCUUAGAUGUUUCCCAAGGCUGCCAAGUUGCAUUUCCCAUAUUGUUGUAUGAUUAAUUAUAUUUGCACCCUUUAACUAACAAUAGGUUAACACUGGUUUCAUUUUACAGGAGAUAAUUGACCAUAUCAGAGGUUGUUCCCACAGUGCUGCAUAUGCUUCGUCCAUGUCACCACCUGUUGCCAUGCAAAUUAUUUCAUCUAUGAAGAUGAUUAUGGGUGAAGAUGGCACUGAUAAAGGUUAGUUUUAGUGCGUUGGCAAUUCAACAAAAAUUCUGGUUUGAAAUUUGGGAAAUUCCAUGUGCCCAGUGGAACAGUACAUUCCAGUUGCACAGACCCGACCCAAGCCACCACGUGUUUGGUUAUUGUUCUUGUAAGUAAGAUACAAAAGAGUGGUAUUGGGGACAACAAUUUUGUCAAAUGGAACGGGUCAUUUCGGUCCAACCGACCAAGAUAACCAGACUAGUCAAAGUGGACCACCUUCAAAGCUGGUCCCAAAUAUUCUGGUUAGACCAAACCGAAAUGGUCCGUUCCAUUUGAUGUAACAACUGAAAUUUCCAGAGUUUUGGGUUGAAUGGAAAGGGUCCAUGAUGAGCUACAUCUCAGCCAAUGUCAGCAAGCAGUAAAUUCUCUUCUCUUUUCCCCGUGAUGAUGUGUAAUGCAGCCAGCAAUAGUGGUGCAAUUUUUAGGAAGGCAAAAUCUGCUUCACCUUUGUACUGCCAUGCUCAUGUCUUUUUUUAUUUUAUCCCCUGACCAAAAUUGGGAGGUGUAGAAGAAGCACCCUUUGAUUUGCCCAGACUCCUUGAUGGUUACAUGAGAAGACAAAUUCACACACCCAAACAAAAAGGCCUGCAAUGCUGAUGAGGAAAACUUGUUUAACAUUACAGACCUUUUCACCCCUUGCUGAUCAUUUCUGUUUCUCUUAUGACUUUUUAUGUUUGAUUAAUUAGUGAUGUUGUGAAAAGAAAUUAGAAGCUUGGUAACUCAACAUUUUUAUUUCUUCUCUCACAGGAAAGAAGAGACUGACUGCUUUGGCCGAAAACAGCAAGUAAGAAAGAGAAAAAUACAUAUAGACCUUUUUGCCAAAUAUUUGACAGGCAUAAUAAUUAACAAAAGACUAUCAUGGGAUGCCCAAGGGACAUGGGUAUAUGUAUUUCCACAAACCCCUUCAUUUUUGGACAAUUCACACAAAGUUUGUUUAAUGUACGAUUUGAGUGAGAUAAUGGCGAUUUUUUAACCAUUGUGUUGGGUUUUAAAAAUGGGCAUUUGCCAGUUCAGUUCAGUUGAUUUAUUUGGACAAAGUAAAAUUCAAAAAUGAUUAGCUUGCAAGGGAGUGCAAAUUAAUAAUUAAGAGGAUUCAAAGUCCAGGCUUCCUAGUCAUGGAAAGUAAAGAUAAAAAUAAGUCUAAAUUUACAUCUAUGCCCUGUUUUUCAGGAGACCAACAGUUAUUGCUGCCUUCAAAUGCUCUUUAGACAAAUUUGACAUAAAAUGUGACAAAAAAGAAAGCCUUUCCUCUGCAUCUUAACCUUUUGAGAACAACACAAGUGGUUACACAAGCUGGGAACUACAUACUGUUACAAUGUACAUACCGGUUUACCCAGUUGGCAUCCCAUAAUACAAUGUGGUCUGUUAAGAUUACAGCGAAAGUCAUGUCCAGUAGCCCAGGGCUAGUAGAUUUUGUAUAGGGCUAGUGAGUUUUGUUCUUAACUUUGGGCAAGUGCUGUUUUUUGGGGGAAAUUCAAAUUACAGAAGGAUUGUAAUCAAUCCUGCUAAUCAAAAAGGGUUGUGGGGCUAGUUGAAAUGACUUUGUACAUGUUAGCUACAGCUUGCCCGAAUUGCAGGCUGUAAAACUGACUUUCUUUGCACCCUGAGAUUAGUUUAUUCAUGAGUCGACCCUGGUAUCAGUAAAAAGGAGUCUAUUAAUUCUUGUGUACAUGUAGAUUAUUGGGAUGGGAUUUCACAACACCUCAUGUUGUUUCUUUGUAGAUACUUCAGACAAAGACUCAAGAAAAUGGGAUUUAUUGUUUAUGGUCAUGAUGCCUCACCAGUCAUCCCUCUUCUUCUUUAUAUGCCUGCCAAAAUUGCGUAAGUGUUAACAUCUAGUUCAAGAUUUUGACAGUAGUUUGUUAUUAACCUUGUGGUAGAGUGCUUGUUGAAUUGGUCAAAAUGAUUUAAGUCAUUAUGCCAGAGUGCAAAAAAUAUGUAGGAUUUUUCAGAUGUGAUUUGAGCUAUUUUUGAGAAAAUAGGUCAGGGAGAAUUAUAUUAGUCGUUUUAGAAAUCAAGUGACUAAGCGAUGGUAUGACCUACAAAGGUAGCAUAUCAAAUUUUUUAGCAUUACCAGUAAUAUUAAUUUUCUGAAUAGGAUUUGAAAUCAUGUGAUGUGAGUGGUGUUAAUUAAACAAAUGUCUUCUGAUAAGUUUUAUCCAGCAUAUUGCUUGAAAAAGUUAACAGCCAGUGAAUUAUUCAGGACUGUCUUGUUAACAAGGGCACUGAUUAUUGUCUGAUGUACAAGUAUUUAAGUCAUCAUGUCAUGAAUAUCAUUUUUGAUUGAUUGGAGUGUAACAUGAUUGUUCUCAUGUCCCUGUUCUGUUUGUUGUUUAGUGCCUUUGGCCGUGAAAUGUUAAAGAGGAAUGUCGCUGUUGUUGUUGUUGGCUUUCCUGCCACUCCUUUGAUUGAGUCUCGUACCCGGUUCUGCAUGUCAGCAUCGCACACCCGUGAACAGCUGGAUAAGGCAAGUAAAAACAACAAUACACUGUAGCUUAUAGCAAAAACAAAAUUGACUGUAACUCUUUUAAUUUAUACAUUUACUGUCAUCAGUUGACUUGUUUUACUCCCUUGAAUGACCAAAAUCAAAAGCAAGAAAAGUUUUGAAUUUUAUUGUGUGAAAGUGAAUAUCGGAAUUUGAACAUUAUUGAUGCCAAAGUAUUACCAGAGAGGGUUUAUUAUGUGAAUGGUUACACCAUAAGUGACAAAGGGCCACGGGCCUGGGAUUUCCCCUGGCUACUAUGAGAGGAAACAAAAGGAAAAUACUGUAAAACAUAAAGAACUUUGUAGCUCAGCAGUUUCCCACCCACUAAACUGCUGUACCUGACAACUUGAAAUCUUAGUGACAGCAGUGAUAGUUUGCAGGUUUCACAGUCUUAAAAAUUUCUUGAAGUUUAGGGGAAGUCCCUGAAAAGUCCUUGAAUUCCAUAAUUUUCUUCAACCUUGAAUUUAGUGGCCUGGAAAGUGUUUUUAAACCUUUUUGGUUGUCCACUAACAGAAUGUAAAUCAUAGCUCAGAGAAGUUAAAGGUGACUUAGAUAAAGCCUUUUUUUGUUUUUUGCUAAAAUUAACUAUCAAUUUAAGACAAGUGAACCGAAAAAUGUAGAGAAGUUGGUGGAGCAAACAGCUCAAGCCUUUAAAGUCCUGUUAGAAUGGACUGGGAAUAUGCAUUUUUGUACAAUCUGUGAAAUUAAUUUCCAGGUAGCUGGUCCUUGAAAAUUGAAUGUGGUCCUUGAAAAGUGCUUAAAAAAGGGUUGUAAUUUUUUGCAUGAACCCUGGUGUGGAGAAGCUAAAAUGUUUGCUUAAUAUAUAUUGUGGCAGUUCACAUCAUCUUCAUUCUAUGGUCAAUUACAUGGACCAUACUUUCAUGUAUUUAAAUGAAAUAAACAACAUAAUUACCUUUCUCCCAAUGUACAUACGUGUACUUGUAUGGGUCUUCAUAGCUCAGGUGGCAGAGCACUGAAGCACUAAUUUGUGCAGAGGCCAUGGAUUUGAAUCCCUUUGAAACCCUGAAAUUAAUUCUUUUUCGGCCUAAAUUUGAAAUGUUGCUCAAAUUGCGAUUUUUUACAAAAAAACUGUUGUGGUCAUAUCCUCAUUUAGAUUUAACAUUUUUUCCUCUUACAUUUUAGGCCCUUGAAGCCAUUGAUGAAGUUGGAGAUAUUCUUCAGCUAAAGUAUUCCAAGCACACUAAAAACCUGAAAGCGUGACUUCCAGCUGUACUCACAGUCAAAAGUUAGUGUGCAGUGAGCAGCAACAGUUACACAGAUGAUGUGAAUGUAAGGGUUCUUACCAUAAGUCAGAAAUAGAUGGCUAGACCAAUCCUGUCAUAAAGAUAAUUAUUCCACUGUUAGGCAGAAUUUACCAUACUAUUUCUACCUUGCAUACAGUUAAAAGGAAAGCCCAUUCCUUAAAUUGUAUGAAAGGUAGAAAUGUAUCAAGCAAAAACUUUCAAAAAUAACCAAUUUUAUUUUAAAAAAAGCUGGUCCAACAGGCAGGCCAGUUCUGGCUUUUGGCAAGCGCCUGAAGUCUUACUAACUUUUUUUUUUCAAAAAAGGAUGAAAAUACAGUAUCUAUGCAUAGUUGGUCUGAACUAGGUGUCAGUUGCUUUUUUGUUAUGAGCAAGGAACUUUAUCCAAGCAUACGCACGCUGUAAACAAGAAACACCAGUAGUAGUAUAGCAUGUGUAGCUGCCGGGUUUGAUGGCGAAAGGCAACAUGGGGUGUAUGAGCAAGUGGGAAAGCCGUAAAGAGAAUGAGGUGGAAACAUACUGUCCUUCACAACCUCCUUUCCCAACAAAAUCGGCAGCCAGGCAGGCUACACCAGUGGGCGUUUCUUGUUGUUGCAGAAACUACUGUUGGUUAGUCAGUAUGUUGUGGCAUAGAUGAUUGGUCAAUGUUUAUUUCAAUCUUUUGUGUCAUGUCAUUUGGUGAUUGCACCAAGCUUAAAACACCGAGCAACUACCACCAUUCAGCUGGUUAUACUAUAACAAAUUAUUGGACAUUGCAUUCUAAACAGGAUCUCAAACAGGACUGAUCAGUAAUAAUAACUAUUAAUUUUAUUGAUUAUUAAUAAUAACACUUUCUUUGAUCAAGCGCAAUCUUGAAAGAUCCUUAACAUCCUUUAAUUUUGUAUUUAUUUUCACUGUGAAAUUGAUACCCUCUCUUGCUUAUUUGAAUGACUCUUUUUUUUCCAAAUAAAAUCUGUAAGCAAUUUAAGUCAAUAACGAACAUUACAAUUUGUCAGAGUUGAAAGUCAAAUAUUAUUUUAUUAAAUGACCUUGCCUCAGAACCUACUUUUAAAGUUAAAAAUGUAUUAAAUUAGGAUAAAUAUAUUUGGGCAAAUAUCGUGGAUUUAAUUGUUGUAAAAAGGUACACUUCUCAGGUAAAAAAUUUUGUUAACUUGCUUUUCAUUUUUAUAGACCAAAUCAAUUUUACCGAAUGCUCUUCAUUUCUUUUGAUAACGUUUUCACAACGUUGAUUGUAGGAUUACUUAUUUAAACAGCAAGACUGUAUAUUUACAAGUUAGUUUUAUAUAGGAAUAGACAGUAAGUAAGGUACAAAUAAUGGGAAUAGAACAUUUUUAUGGGCUGUUUACAAUUUACGUGAAGGGAAGAAGAUCCUAGCACCAGGAGGAUCCUAGAAGAUGGAUAAUCCUAGCGCCACAUGUUUUCUGUACUCACUUAACACGGAAAAAGUUGUGCUUGUCCCUAGCGCAAGGAUCUUCCUAAUACUCUUGAUAUAUAAGGGGGUAGGAAGAUCCCAGUAUUAGGAAAAUCCUAGCACCAUGGAAACUGCUUUCGCGAGGAAGAUCCUAGUACUAAGGACAAACAGAACAAAAAUGGCGGCGAGUAGUUCGGUAGGUGAUCUUUAAUCUGCAAUUCCUUCUCUAUACGAACCGAAAUUUUUGUAUGUAAACCCAACGAAAAGUUGUUCCGCCUUCCAGGGUCUUCCUGGUGCUAGGAUCUUCCUUCCUUUAGGUAAACAGCUCCCCAGUUGGUAAUGAAUAGGCAGUUACCUUUGCCGCGUCAUUUCUUUCCUAUUUAAAGUAUAACAGAUAAGACAUUGUUGUCAUUUAAAGGGGAAUACAGUGUAAGUCUUUAUGUUUUAUAAUUGCAACAGAAAUUCCCGGGGGGAUGGGGGGGAAUAAGCAAAGUGUUAUACCUUGAGGCUCCGCCUUAAGGUCCAACCCCUUACGGCUUUUAUAUACCAUUUUUGACAGAAAAGGUACCCCUUUCGUAAACCUUCCGUUAAAAAAAAUGUUACCCUUUAAAUAUACGUAUUAUUUACCUGUAGCCGAAAAAGGGACGCCUUUCGGUCGGAGCCUCUCCGUGUAGGCCGUUAUAAGGAGUGCUCCCGGGGGGG